GCUCCCUCUUUUUUCCUCUUCUUCGCGGCGGUGGGUCGGAGCCGCUGUGUCCCCGGUCUGGCACGUUCCUAGCCAAAUUCUCCACGGUGUAAAAUUGGAUCCCCCCUAAUUCACUUAAGAAAAAAAAAGUAUCCCCUCUUCAAUUCCCCACAACCGAAAUUAUAUUCCCGCUGAACGCACAUCUCUAAAAUAUCUGAAAAGCUGUGAAGAUGGCGGUGGUAAGCGGGACGUCAGGGUCGGCUGUAGCCCGGCUCGAGGGCCGAGAAUUCGAGUAUCUGAUGAAGAAAAGGUCGGUGACCAUCGGCCGGAACUCCUCGCAGGGCUCCGUGGACGUGAGCAUGGGACACUCCAGCUUCAUCUCCCGCCGGCACCUCGAGAUAUUCACGGCCGGAGAAGACGGCACCGGCACCGGGGACUUCUAUCUCCGAUGCCUCGGAAAAAACGGGGUGUUUGUUGAUGGGGUGUUCCAGAGAAGAGGGGCUCCACCUCUCCAGCUUCCACGAAUGUGUUGUUUCCGGUUCCCCAGCACAAGUAUAAAGAUCACGUUCACAGCCCUGUCCAUUGACAAGAAGGAGCCAAGGAACGUGCCGGAAUCACCGGUCAAGCCCGUCCAGCCCCAAAUCCCCCUGACAAUAAACAUUCCUGACAACAUAGCCCACCUCAUGAGCCCACUGCCUUCACCCACCGGCACCAUCAGUGCGGCAAACUCCUGUCCAUCGAGUCCCCGGGGGGCGGGACUUUCCAGCUACAGGACAGGCCGCGUCCUCGCCUCCGACCUGAUCGGAGACAACUCCCAAUCAGAAAACGACAAAGACGCCUCAGGUGAAGACAGCCCAAAGGACGACUCCAAACCUCCGUAUUCGUACGCACAACUAAUAGUCCAAGCGAUCACCAUGGCCCCGGACAAACAGCUGACUCUGAAUGGAAUAUACACCCACAUCACCAAGAACUACCCCUACUACAGAACCGCUGAUAAAGGCUGGCAGAACUCGAUCCGUCACAACCUGUCCUUGAACCGUUACUUCAUCAAAGUGGCGCGCUCUCAGGAGGAGCCGGGGAAAGGAUCGUUCUGGAGGAUCGACCCGGCGUCUGAGGGGAAACUGAUCGAUCAAGCCUUCAGGAAGCGCCGGCCCCGAGGAGUGCCCUGCUUCAGGACUCCUGUGGGACCGCUCUCCUCCAGGAGUGCUCCAGCUUCUCCCAGCCACACGGGGGCGCUGUCUGCCCACUCCAGUGGGGUCCAGACCCCAGACAGCCUGUCCAGGGAGGGCUCCCCAGUCCCAAUGGAGCCAGAACCAACACCUCCCCCCGCCCCGACCCAGACCGCCAUAGUCCAGCCCAAACUGGCCGUCAUCCAGGAGGCCCGCUUCGCACAGAACUCCCCCGGCGCCCCCCUCAACCACCAGCCGGUCCUGAUCGCUGUGCAACGCCAGAUGCCUCAAACGACCAUGAAGCCUGUGACCUACACCAUGGCCACGCCGGCCAUAGUGACAACAACUCCAAGCUCCGCCCCCGUCAUGCAGACCAUGCACGUUGUCCACCAGAUCCCAGCCGUGACCAUGGCAACUGUUACCGGACAGCAUGUCGCUACAGCGAGCCCAGAAACUCAGCAGAACGGGGGCGGAGAUCAUAAAGAGAUGAAAGUCAAAGUGGAGCCGGUCCCGUCCAUCAAGGCCGCGUCUAUAGGGGGAGUCAGUCGGAUCAUUCAGAGCUCUCAGGCUGCUCCGCUGACCACGGUGACCAUCGUCCAACAAGCUCCACUCGGACAGCACCAGCUCCCCAUAAAGGCCAUCACACAGAACGGGACCCACCUGGUCCCCAUCACUACUGCUGCUAGCCCAGCUGUUGCAAACCCCCUCCACAUUCUGGCGGCUCACGCCUCAGCCUCGGCGUCCCUCCCCACCAAGAGGCAGAACGGAGAACUGAAAGAGCAACCCGAGUUGAAGAGGCUGAAAACAGAGGAAGUGGCGGCGGGUGACGCGGCGGCGAACAACAAUAGUAAGAAGAACGGCACCACGGACAGAGCCGGAGAGGGAGGGGUCAGUGAACGCAACGGCGACAAGUAGCCUGACCCCCCCCGCUCUCCUGAACGCAGUGAGCCUCCCCACAUCCUCACUUUCUUUCUCACCUCCUCCUCCUUCAUCCUCCCACCUGGUCAUCAUCGACUCCAAGGUGCCAAUCAGAGACGAGACACGGAAACACCUGCAGGACUCCAGAAUGUUCAAAUCCUCUUCCAUUUAUUUAAGACCACGAUGCAAAAACUAGAGACCAAACUGAAGAAAAAAAAAAAAAAAAGAUGACUGUGAAGUUCAAGACCCAGACGGAGAGAAGAAGCACAGGAAGUUUAAAAAAAAAAAAAAAAAAAAAAAAAAAAAAGAGAGAGACAUUGGACGAGCGAGCGAGAAGGAGCCUCACCCUGGUAGCAUUAAAGCGCUUAAACUGUGUCCGGUAGAAAAGCGUCAUAAACACCGGUAGUGAACGCAAAGGGAAGCGUGCGCGUGGACAUUCCCAUCUUCGGCAGCUAGCCUCCGUGUCGACCUCCCUGACCCCUGACCCCUGACCCCUGACCCCCCCCCCCCCCCCCCGUCGUGAGUAGAAAUGCAGUUCUGUCGUACACGUGAUCUUUCUUCUGUGUUCCUACGUUUCCCACCACACAGAGACCAUCUAGUAAUAAUGAAACACGCGGGGUCGAACACUUCAACGCCAUAUUUUGGGAUUCCUUUUCUUCCCGUUUGUUAAAAAGUGAAAGGAAUGUAGUCUCCUCCUUCUUUUUGUUCCUUUCUAAAGACGACACUAUCAUUCUCUCUCCCCCUGCACAUCCACAGAGUUUUUCAUAUUUUACUAAAUAUCCUCCGAGAUCUAAAGUAUAUUCCCAUGCGUCGUGUUUGACCGUGUGCUUCAUGGCGCUUGCAUGUAACGGAUGUAGAGACGAUGUAACGAGCAGAUUCUCUGAAUAUGGAACUGAAGAAACCUUCGACUGAAUCUCCGCCUGAUGAUUCUGACCAGUGCUGCACUUAACUGAACUCUUAGUUGUUGUUUUUGUUUUUUUUUAUGUUCUCCUUUUGUACUUUUUGUUUCCAUCAUGGGCCGUGUUCGUGACCUUUGUGUUGACCAUGGCUUGAUUCUUUGAUUCUGUUCGGGCUCCUAAAACAGUCGAGUCGGAUUGUACUCUGUGUUACACGAGGAAAAACAAGUGAUAGCUGUUUGUUCUGCUUCAGUGGGUAAAUGCUUUUUUUAUUUUAUAAAUUUAUUUAAAACACAUCAAAA